AUGUUGGGUCCGGUGCGAUGCCAUGCGAAUGCAGCGACAACACCUUUGUGCAUGAAGGGUGCUAAGGGUUGUCCCUAUUUUCAGGGUGCUGAUUUGGCGUGGGCCUUCGAGGCAUGCAGCUGGAGAUCAUCGGACUAUCGACGGGUGCAAGAGAUCGCCUACAUGAAUCUUGAUGGAGCCUCCUCUGAGUCCAUCUAUCUCCUGAUGUUGGCCUUUCCGUUGAUUGUCAUGGCGCACGCCACUUUGCGUUGGACGCCUGAGAAAGCUGUGGCUGUCGCUGGCAACAAGUCCUUGACCCUGAGAAGCAGCUUUUGGGUGGCUCUUUAUGACGCCUCCAUUGUGGCGCUUCCAUUGACAUUCUAUUUCUCAACUCACUUGGAAUGGUCUUUUCUCCUCCUGGUCAUAGCACCGGUUCUCGAAUUCAGGAGGUGUAUCAAAGGUGGGAUUUGCUGGGAGGCCAAGUUCACCCUGGAAGACGGCCGACUGCGCUUUCUGUCCGAAUACCGAGCCAUGGUGAUGAUGUCCACCUGCAUCGCAAUCUUGGCUGUGGACUUCUCAUCUCUUUUCUCCAGAUCGCAUUGCAAAACAGAAGAAUUCGGCUACUCGUUGAUGGAUGUGGGAACUGGAAGCAUCAUUUUCUGCAGCGCUGUCACACCGAAAAGUCACCGAAGCAAGCGAGGCCUGGGGAUUUUGAAGCUUUGGCCGGUACUUCUCAUCGGUUUCGUCCGUGCGGCGUUCAUAUGGGGAAUUGACUACCAUGUACCGCCUGGCGAAUAUGGUGUUCAUUGGAAUUUUUUCUUUACAAUUGCCGUGGUGAGCCUGGUCUCUGAAGCAGCGGACUUUGCUGCAACAAGUUCAUUGGCUGCUGCUUUGGUAGUGCUUGGAGCAUACCAGUGGUACCUCAGUCAGCUUGGAGGAGCAACGGCCCCAAAAAAGGAAGCGAGCAGAAUUUAUGCUUCACGCCCCGCGUGUCGGCCUGUUUUCCGCAAACCGGGAAGGCAUCCUGAGUUGUGCUGGAUACAUGGGUCUACAUUGGCUUGGAGUUGGUGUCGGCUCUCUUUUGAGGCGCUCUUCACCUUUGCUGUGUGUAUUGCAGUUUUGCUUUAUCGCUGCUGUUGGGUACAUCACAGUUCUUCUUUUUGCAACGUGUGGGCUCCACACGUCAAGAAGGAUGUGCAACCUGCCGUACGCGAUUUUCAUUCUGUCACUCAACUGCUGGACGUUGGCGCUGUUGGCGAUGGUGGACGUUUUGGCAGGAAAACCCAGGCCGCUCAUGUCACCUGUGCUGGGAGGAGUCCGAGACUCCAUGCUGCCAAUCUUCCUUUCGGCCAACCUGCUCACUGGUGUUGUUAA